GAUUUUUCCUACAUCCACAGAAUGUAACCAUUGUUGGUCACAGGUAAGAGUCUUCUUUUUUCUUUCCAGCCAUCCAAAAUCUAAUUGCUGUUUAACCUCAGCCUGUUGGUCAUGAGAGUAUGAGACAGCUGCUUCUAUAAAUAACUAUCCCCCUCUCGACUACCUCCCUCCUCAUUCUCUCGAUCAGCACUCUUCUGUUCUUGGGUUGACGCACAUGUAUAUGUUGUUGAAAGAGAGCAGAAGAAACACUCCAUAUCUCCUAAAGGCUGACAGCUCUAAGAAGAUUCCUUGAUCUUGGGAGUUGACAAACACAGCCAUGAAGAGCUUGAAGUUUCUAGCAGCCGAGGGCUUCGUUCAAACCGGCCCAAAUGCGUGUAAGAACCUCCACUGCUUGUCUUACAAUCUCUACCCAAUCAUCUUCAAAGCCAGCUAUCUGUGUGAGGAGGCCACAAUGCUCCACAACUUGGUCCAGACGUGGCCUCUGACAGUGCUCAACUUGCGCAAACUAUUGGGCAGGACAGUGGACUGUCCAGAUGAUCUCACGUCCCACACAUGCAGGCUCUGUCUGGAGGCCAUUCUCUCAGGUCUGAGGGACUAUGUGCUUCAAGCUCCAAGCACGUAUACAAAAAUGUUACGUGUGGUGGAUCUAAUCGGUCUGCAAGACAUAGAACACCAGGUCUGUCCCUGCAGACGGACUCUUGGCCGUUGGGCAAGAACUGAACUGCUUACCCGCAUGUGCUACGAGACUAUGGUGUCCAUGCAGGCCGGCCAAGCAGCACCAUCAGCGAUUGAUGUGGAGGUAGAUGUGCGCUUGGAUGCAUUUGUUACUGGACGGAACUAUGAGGUGGUGGCUCAGGCUCUGUUGCUGCGCAGACACUGCCCAUUAAAACUGAACUUCGUAGGUCUGCGUGUGGACUCGCUGAGCCUCAAGAACCUCUUUUACCUUCUGAAGCUGGUGGAAUCACAUGGCCUGCAGAAGCUGGAAGUUGUGCACAAUGUACAUCUGGAGGCUCCACACAUUGAGGUACUGCUCUCUCAGCUGAAGUUCCCACAGCUGCGCUCACUCACGUUUCCUGCACAGGCGUUGAAUGUACGCAGAUUGGGUCCGGAGGACGAGGGACUCAUGGGAGUUCUGGGUGAGCUGAUGAGCAAACUGACUGAACUGAGAGAGCUCUAUCUGGGGUUCUCCACACUUACAGGUCAUCUGAGGAAACUGCUGAGUCCACUGAACACUCCACUGCAGUGUAUUGAGUUAGCGAACUGCAGUCUUAGCGCAGUGGACAUGGCCUACUUCGCCAACAGCCUGCACAGUGAGCACAUAGUAAAGCUGGACCUGAGCGGUCAUGAGGUAGCCGACCUCUUCCCCAACACCUUCCGGAAGCUUCUGCAUCGCUGUUGUGCCACACUCACUAGUCUGGGUCUGGAGGAGUGUGGACUGGAUGAUGAUAAACUGGAUCUGCUCACCCAAGCACUGACACCCUGUCAUGGGCUACAGGAAUUGAAGAUCCUGGGUAACCCACUGAGCACAGCUGCGCUGCACCUUCUUUUCAAUAUGCUGGCUCUGGGUUUUCCUGCAUUGAGAUACGUUGAGCUGCCUGUCCCUCGUGACUGUUACCCUGAAGGUGUAACCUAUCCACUGGAUGAUAGGACGCUGAUAAAUUAUGACACGGAGAAGUUCCAACAAGCCAAGAACGAACUUGUUGGCAUUCUAGUGAGGGAGGGAAAAGGACAUAUAGAAGUCUGCACGCCAUUAUUUGGAGCCUAUGAUCCUGACAUCAAUGAGACGAGCAAUGAGCUGGGAGUCUCCAUGCUGCACUCCUUCAACAGUGUCAUAGGAAACUUCAUUGACACAGUCAACAGUGUUACCCAACGGAGAGAGCAAGGAAUGAUGGAGUGAGAGUGCCAUCCCAGGAUUAAACAUUAUAUAUUAUAUUCAAAUAGAAAAGUUAUUUUAAAUUUAACUUAAAUUACUGUCACAGUAUUUGAUCAAAUAAAUGCAGCCUUGAGCAAUUGAAAAUAAACAUCUUACCAACUCCAGACUUAUGCAAUAAUAGAUGCGAUUAAUAUUUACUGUAUAAAGCUUUUAAAAUAAUUAAUGCAUAAUGUAUACUUAUACAUAAAGCAUUAAUAACACAACUUAUACGGAGUAUUUCAGUACCAGUAUUGGUAUCACUGAGUAUUGUAAAACUUUAAUGCCAUUACGUCUAUAUUUAAAAUACUCUCUUUACAUUUUUUCUACAUAAAUUUAAAGAGCUAAUGUGACUUUAAUGAAUCCAUAGCACUUGUGAAAGAAAUAAUACAUAGGCAUGUAAUUGUGUAAUAAUGUAUAUUAAGGUGUGCAAUAAAGAAUUCAAAGUAUUUACAGCUUAACAUGAUUUAUUUGUGAUUGCACUUUUGUAACUGAUGAAUAGUGAACAGUUUAAGGUAAACCGUAGUUAUUAAAUUUUAUUUAUGUCUUGUAAAAUCUGUAAGUCACUUUAUAUAUAUAGUCACUGUAUAGUGUGCAUUUAUUGUUUUUAUCUGUAUUUAAACAAAUGGCCUUAUCUUUGGAGUGUACUGUAACAUCCCAUUAAACAUUCUUUGAAAGAUU